CACAAAAAACACGAUUCCCAUUUGCCUUUGUCCUUCCCUCCAACUAGUCUUUUUGACCCAAAGCAAGCAUCUUUGCAUGUCACCACCAUAGAAAAAUCCUUCUACAAAAUCCCAAUUUCCCACCUCUCGCCCUUUCCUCAUCAUCCCACCACCAUGGCUUCUUCUUCUUCUCCUUCUUCUUCUUCAUCAGUCCAGGAGCUCCAUUUCCCGCCUCUCAACAUCCCCAUCACCACUUCCCGACCAGUCCACGUCUCGCCGGCCGGUCCAAUCCCGGCCGAAUUCGGCCACAGCCUUUACCUCUCCAACCUGGACGACAUCAUCGGAGCUCGCGUCUUCACCCCGACGGUCUACUUCUACAGAUCGGACUUCUUCAAUCCUGAUGACGAAAAACCUGUCGUCCGAACCCUCCGAGAAGCUCUGGCUGCGGUCCUGGUCCCUUACUACCCUCUCUCCGGCCGGCUGAGGGAAGCCAUGAACGGGAAGCUGGAAGUGUUCUUCGGACCGGAACAGGGAGCUCUGAUGGUGGAAGCAUACUCCGAAAUGGCGCUGGCCGAGCUCGGAGACCUCACCGUCCCCAACCCGGCCUGGGCUCCCUUGAUCUACGUUUUCCCCGACGAGGAGCCUUACAAGGUCCUCGACAUGCCGCUGCUCAUCGCGCAGGUCACCGUCUUCAGUUGCGGUGGGUUCAGCCUCGGGCUGAGGCUCUGCCAUUGCAUCUGCGACGGUCUCGGGGCGAUGCAGUUUCUAGGUUCGUGGGCUGCCACGGCGAAAUCGGGGACUCUGAUCGCGAAACCGGACCCGGUCUGGGACAGGGAGGUUUUCCGGCCGAGAGACCCGCCGGCGGUGAAGUUCCCUCACGUCGAGUUCAUGAAGAUCGACGACGAGUCGAGCCUGACGAUGAGCCUGUGGCAGGAGAAGCCCGUGCAGAGGUGCUAUCGCGUCAGCCGCGAGUUCCAGGCUCGACUCAAGGCGGUGGCUCAGUUCAGCGACAGGUUUACCUGCACAACGUUCGACGCCAUGGCGGCACACAUCUGGAGGUCGUGGGUGAGAGCGCUGGACGUGAAGCCGCUGGAUUACAGGCUGAGGCUGACCUUCUCGGUCAACGCGCGGCAGAAGCUGAAGGAGGCGCCCCUGAGGGACGGGUUCUACGGCAACGUCGUCUGCCUCGCCUGCGCGACGAGCUCGGUCGACGAGCUGGUCAACGGGCGGCUCUCCGACACGGCGAGGCUGGUCAGGGAGGCGAGGAUCGACGUGUCCGAGGAGUAUCUGAGGUCGACGAUCGAUUACGUGGAGGUGGAUCGGCCGAGGAGGCUGGAGUUCGGCGGGAAGCUGACGAUUACGCAGUGGACGAGGUUUCCGAUCUAUGAGACGGCGGAUUUCGGGUGGGGGAGGCCGGUGUACGCCGGGCCGAUCGACCUGACGCCGACGCCCCAGGUAUGUGUUUUGUUGCCGGAGGGUGAGGCGGAGCCCAGUGGGAGGACGGUGAUUUGCAUCUGCUUGCCGGAGUUUGCCACCGGGAAGUUCACGGAGCUGUUGUGUUCCGGUGUUGGUGAUCGGUUGCCGUCGGCGGGUGGUGGCGCGGAAGGUGUUUGACGAAAUAUCUGACUGGGGAGAGUGGUGGUAGUUGAAGUGUGAGAUUGGUAUGGGAUUGGGAGAGAAGGGAAUGGGGACUUAAAAGGUCAAACAAUCUGAACUGUUAAUAGCACCUGUUUGUUAUACCCUGAGAAUUUACAGUUUGUUUUGCUCUAUUUUUUCAGAUUAUUACAUGUAUUUGCAGAUUACAAGGUAAUUAGCAAUUACUAAUUAGUAAUUACUUGAAUAGUAAAUAAAUUAAAAAGAAAAAGGCCAACUUAAACCCCGUCGUUAAUAAAUGGGUUAAUAGCAU